GGGCGGGAUUGUCUUGAUCUGUUGUACCAUGGCUUCAACACUUCCGGUAUUUAUCAAAUUGACCCCGAUGGUACUGGAGAAUUUCAAGUUUUCUGCGAUCAGGAGACAGGUGGUGGGGGCUGGGUUGUCUUUCAAAGGCACAUUAAUGGAACUCACGCCUUCGAAGACAAAAACUGGGAUCAAUACAAGGAAGGAUUUGGCAACUUGUCGAGUGAGUUCUGGCUAGGUAAUGAGAAGUUGCAUCGACUAUCCUCAAUGAGGCAGCAACUUAUGGUAGAGCUUGAGGACCAUGGAGGCGAGAAAGCGCAUGCGUUGUACAACCAUUUUGCUCUUUUUUCCGAGAGCGAAAAGUACGUGCUUGAAGUUUUUACAUACUCUGGUACUGCUGGAGAUGCACUUUCCGAGCACAGUGGCAAAAAGUUUAGUACCAUUGACCGGAAUAAUGAUGGAAGCAGUAGUUUGGAUUGUGCUUCCACGUAUGGUGGAGGGUGGUGGUAUUUACAGGACUGCGUUCGCGCUUUACUGAAUGGUGUAUAUACCACUUCUCCAAAUGGAAUAGUAUGGGAGGACUGGAGAGGUGCGAAUUAUCAGCUGAAACAAUCUGCAAUGAAGUUACGGACGCGCAGAGGUUAGUAAAGCGUAUAGAAAUAAGGAUGCGCAGUCCAUGCAUGAAAACUAGUAAUUCUAAUAGAAAUUUUGUUUAAUGAUUAUCACCAGAAACUCAUAAGGGGUUGAAACGUGUAACUCUCAUAUGUUUUCUUUGUCCGGUGCUCGUGAUUAUUCGUUUUCGAAAGUACCAUAUUUGGAAAGAGAAGAAAAGAUAAUUGACCAAUCAAACUUCGUAAACGACGUGACGUAACUUUACUUCACGUUCCCGCGCCCGCUUAAAAAAAUGGCCGACAAAGGGUGGAAAAACUCCCGAAAGCCUAGUAAGCUUUCAAAGCCGUUGAAACUAGGAAGCUUACCGAAAUAAGCUGAAAUACUGAGAAGGAAACUCAAGUUUUUGUUAUCAUCAUUAUCUGUCCACUUAAGAACCUUUUUAAUAAUUGAUUUUCCUGAUGUUACAGAACGACCGUGGGAUUACUACCUAAGUUUUUCUGGAACAUUAUCUCAGGGAUUCGCUUCUGUCCCAAUCAUCUUGGAAUUUAACACCUUCACCGUUUCAUGGUGGAUGAGAGGUCUGAUGGCUGAAAGAUGGUCAGCGAUAUUUUCGCUGGUUAACUUACCACAAGCCAAAUACCUUGAGUUUUCUACGAUGAGGAAUAGACAUUGCAGAAUAACGUUAGAUACUAACGUAAGGUGAGUAAACUGCGAGAAAUGAGUCACUUACUCCUGCCACUGAUAGAGAACACCUUUGUUAUGUUUGUAGCCUGUAAACAGACGUUGUCUUAUUUUUAUAUUCAUUCUUUUCAAAAACAUCAGCGAGCUCGCGAGCGAAGCAAGGGCGCGAGAACGAGCGCAGAACGCGAGAAAGAAAAAUAAAGAACUUCCCCCACCACUACCGCCUCGCGCUGGCCGUCAAUUAAUCCCCCUGCGGUUUAUAUUUUAUCAGCCCGCGCUCGACGGGCUUUGAAGAGAAAAUAGAGGGUCUGUGAUUUGGCCAACUGCUGUUGUAUUUUUACUCAAAAGAUUUCUCACUUAACACUGUCUUCCCAAACCAUGCAUGCAAUGAAAUUCGUGUUAAAAAGUGACACUCUCAAGCUUCUCAUUCCCAUACUAGAGAAGAAAACAAACUAAAUAACAGAUGUUUUGCCUCAGAUAAUUUCCAGAAAAUCUAAUUUAGUACAGUUGUAGUUUAAAUGGAACGACCUUACUAUACAGUAUGAAUCCUUAAAUAUGUACAAGUAUUUGCUGGCGCCAUACAUGAUUUAAGAGGAGAAAAAAAAAACCUUAGAGUAAAAAACAAUUUUUCCAAGGUAUUGUCCAUUCGUGUAAGUGGGGCAAAGAAACUGAGAAUGCUUGUACUCAGUAGUGUAGGGAAGAAAAUUAUGCAGAUAAGGUUUCUUAAGUAGCCUUUCGGUUAUUUGCUUUCUUGCGCGGGAUCAAACCUUUGACAAGGAUUUCAUUUAUUUCUCAAUGGUUUGAUUGGUCCCUCCCAACAGUUACCAUGACUCAAGCCAGAGCUUUAGUGGUAACGAAUGGCAUCAUUUGGUGUUGAAAUGGGACGUUAUAUCGGGUAACUGGUCUUUCUUUGUAAACAACAAACCUGGCUUCAACGUUUUUGGUCCUCCGCGUGCCACUCCUUACCCAGGAGGCCAUCUGGUCCUCGGCCAAUCUCAGAACAGCUCCGGAGCGGUAGAGAAAGCGGAAAGCUUAAGGGCAGAUAUUAUGGAAUUCAAUAUGUGGGAUUAUAAGCUGACUGACGAAACGAUACAUGAUCUGUACACAAGCUGUAGUAUUCAGUUAGGCUCCUUGAUUGCUUGGCCAGAGGCUCAAAUACGACUGCAUGGUGAUGUUAAGAGGGUUGAAUUUGUUAGAUGCAAAAUUGAAGGUAUAUUUAUUUAUUUUAUUAAUUAAGUUAUUUAUUUAUUUGCCCUUAUCACUUCAAUGUAUCGUGAUACCAUAGUUAAAAAAAACAUACCUUAUUCUUGAAUUACACUUUAAAGAAAAGAAUAAAUACGUAGUAUGAUAAAGGUACCACUUUGGUCCUGNAUGUGGGAUUAUAAGCUGACUGACGAAACGAUACAUGAUCUGUACACAAGCUGUAGUAUUCAGUUAGGCUCCUUGAUUGCUUGGCCAGAGGCUCAAAUACGACUGCAUGGUGAUGUUAAGAGGGUUGAAUUUGUUAGAUGCAAAAUUGAAGGUAUAUUUAUUUAUUUUAUUAAUUAAGUUAUUUAUUUAUUUGCCCUUAUCACUUCAAUGUAUCGUGAUACCAUAGUUAGAAAACAACAUACCUUAUUCUUGAAUUACACUUUAAAGAAAAGAAUAAAUACGUAGUAUGAUAAAGGUACCACUUUGGUCCUGCGAAGAAAUGCUCCUUUUUUGCUAACUCAUCAGAAGAAAUUCCAUUUUGCCUCCUUAAUAAAAUAUAUAACUCAAACAACUUUUCGUGAGAAACGAUCAUGACUACAGUUUGGUAGGAUUUUGUUCGCCCGAAGCCAAGAAAGUGUUACUUAGCAUUCGUAUACACUUUCCAACUUUCAAGUUUUGUGAAGAGAUUUACAAACUAGAAUGAUUUUUUUUAUGACGUCUUCUGUUGAUCGCCGCACAACAAAAGCGUGAAAAAAGCCAUUCAUAUAAACACACAUAUUCUAAUUUUCUUUGCUGAUUUUUCUGUUAUGAUUUUUUUUAGCGACUUAUAAUUGGCCGCUAAACCGGAAAAACCACCUUGAUCUCCCUGAAAUAUUGACUUCAAGGACGAGUGCAUUUAUUCAAGGCCCCACAACAUUCUUUGACACGAGACUUAAUGUCAUCAGCAGAGGCGCACAUUCCUAUGUUAGCCUGGGAUCUUUUCAAGGAGAAUGCUUGGGCAAGAUGGACUUUUGUGCGAAUGGCCUUUCAAUCGGCUUUUGGAUGAGCUACAGAGGUACAUUAAACACCGCAAUCUUAUCAAUCUUAUUCCGAUCGAAGCGAAGUUCAUAAAUUUGUCGCGCCUUGAUCGCACAGCAAGGCAGAAACUCGAGUUGCGCGUAUAUCUAUAGAUCUCUUGGUUGUCUGCAGUUGACGCCAUCCAGUUGUGACAUAGGGUGCGUGGGGCAUUUGGUCAAGGGUCAAUUUUCACUUAUAGCAAACUCGGGGGAGCGAGUUCGAAUCCCGGCGAAGCCAUACCAUAAAAAUUUGUACAUUUUUUUCCUUUUUUUAUCAUUUUUCCUUUUCCAUGUUUCCCUUUAUUCUAUUCUCAUUGCUGAUCCUUGAAAGCUUCGCGAGGAUUUUGCGAUAAUUCAUUUCUAGUUAAUAAGUAAGGGGGUGUUUACAAGUGAAAACUCACACCUACGCGAGUUUCAUACCGGGAUGACUUCCUUUUUUCGCAUCGCGUUUACAUGAAGACAUGGUCAUUUCAUACCACGUUUAUAUGAAGGUACAUUUCAUGUCCAUAAUAUUAAAUGCUAUUUAAAAUCGCAAACAGUACGCAUGCGCUACCCGUUCCAGUCUACCGGUAGACCGAUUUCACACCGAAACGAGUGGUCCUUUCGCGUUUACAAUACCGUUGCGAAAAUUGGGUACCGUAGUGAAGUUCUCCCCCACUUUCUGGCUAGAUUAAGAGCUUGCAACCUGAUAUUGCACAUCCAUGUUGUGAUCAAUUGGCAGUUGUCAAUUCAGGGUUUCCGCUGACUAGUAUCAAAUGACCGUAUUGCAGACCAUCGAGGUUACGUGUUUUUUUGAAGUUAGUCGCUGACAAGUUACUUGCCACUCGCCUUGGCUAAAUGUAUAUAUUAAUCCCUAUAAUUUUGCCCUAUUUUUUGGAAUUUUCAGUGUAUUUCGUUUCUGAAAUUUUGGGUCUGAACGACGUGUAUCAAGAUGCCCUAACAAAUUGGCUAAAACCCUUCAUGCCAAUAAACAUACGGUGGCACAUCUGCUACAGAGCAACCGACCAUGGGUUUGGAAUGGAAAAAUUCCGUCAGAAUUGUAACCUCUAUGAUUUGGCGCCAACACUAACAAUACUGCAAGUUGGACGCUACGUGUUUGGUGGAUUUUCAGAUAAACAAUUUGCAGGUUCGUAG